AUGGCGAUUCUAGAUCCAGGAAGAACAAACCUCUCGCGAUUCCGGGAAGAACAGAGCUCCUCCUCCUCCAAUUCCAGCCCCGGUGGCGAUGACGCCGUGGAAUCCUUCGCGCAGCAGCUAAAAUCCUCGGCCAGAUCCCAAAAUCUUGGCGAGGGCCGGCGAGUCCACUCCCGGAUCCUCGAAUCCGACCACUCCGGCAAUCGCUACCUGGAAAAUCUCCUCAUCGACAUGUAUGGCAAAUGUGGCAGCGUGGAGAACGCGCGCCAGGUCUUCAACUCGAUCGCUCGCCCCAAUCCCUUCUCCUGGACGAUCAUGAUCCAGGCCUACGCACACAACGGGUAUCUGUCCGAGGCGCGAUCGAUGUUCUACGCGCUCCGGGAUCCCUCGAUCGUGGCGUGGAACACGAUCAUCUCCGCACACGCCCAGCUAGGGUUCCUCCGCGAGGCGCGCGAUCUGUUCAAUCGAAUGCCGGAGAAGGACGUGGUAUCGUGGAACGCGAUGAUCGCAGCGUAUGCCCAAAAUGGGCAUCUGGGAUCCGCGAGAGCGAUGUUUGAUUCGAUGCCGCGGAAGAACGUUGUGUCGUGGAACACGAUCAUCACUGCGCUCGCGGAGAAUGACGAAUUGGAAGAAGCCCUAGCGAUGUUUGAGAAGAUGCCACAGAGAAACACAGUCUCUUGGAACGCUAUCAUCGCAGCACUUGCCAGGAGUGGGCAUUUGGAGGAAGCGCGGGAAUUUACGGCCAGGAUGCCCCGUCCGGACGUGGUCGCACGGACGGCUGUGAUUGCAGCAUACGGCGAGAGCGGGCAGCUCAUAGCUGCCCGGAGCUUGUUCGAGGAGACGGCUGAGAUGUGCCAGGGGGACGUGAUCCUGUGGACCACGAUGAUCGCGGCAUAUGCGCAGCACGGGUAUCUCCAAGAUGCCAGAGAGCUUUUUGAUCGCAUGCCUCACAGGAACGUAGUGUCGUGGUCUGUGAUGAUUGCAGCUUAUGCCAAGUGUGGGCGUGUGGAAGAGGCCAGAGUUAUGUUUGAUCGAGCUUCUCGAAAGGACAUCAUCGCAUGGAACACGAUGAUCCAAGGCUAUGCACAGAACGGGUAUUGGAUCGACGCAAAGAGUGUUUUUGAUAGCAUGCCACAGAAGGAUUCCUUCUCCUGGAACGCCGUGAUGAACGCUUACAUACUCAGCGGCCAGUUCGAGGACGCCGAGGAUUUCUUCCAGGAGAUGCCGCAGCGGGACGUCGUGUCUUGGAACUCGCGGAUUGCUGCUUUCUCUCUGCGUGGAAAGCUUGAGCAAGCGAAGGUGGUGUUCGAGAGGAUGCCGGAGAUGACUUUGGUUUCGUGGACGAGCAUUGUUGGAGCGUUCGCGCAGGCGGGACGAGGGAGAGUUUCGCUGGAUCUGUUCCGGAGGAUGGAGCAAGAGGGCGUGAUGGCGGACGAGUUUAGUCUGGUCACCUUGCUCACGGCUUGCAGCCACUCGGGGUUGACGGAGGAAGCGUGCACAAACUUUGUAGCGAUGACUGUGGAUCGAGGCUUGAGUCCCGGCGUGGAGCACUACUGCUGCAUGGUUGAUGCUCUUGGGCGAGCAGGGAGGCUCAAAGAUGCUCAAGAGCUCGUCGACAACAUGCCUUUCGUCGUGGAUAGUAUGCCAUGGUCGAUCCUGCUGGGUGCCACUCGGGUUCAAGGCGAUUCUUGGCUAGGAGCCAGCGUUGCUAGCAACGUUGAGCCGCAGAGAUCGUCGCUCUAUAUGCUGCUCACGAGCACCAUUUCGUCGUCAAGUAGCUGA